CUGGGAAGAGACUGAACCCUUGCUAUUAACAUAACAAAUCAAAGCUAAAUUCUGCCAUUCGCUGAGUGUAUGUGCUCCUACAUUAAUCUGACUUGUUGCUGCUCUCCUCACUCCAAUAUAUAGCUCUCUUCCAGCAUGGCAGGGGUUAAGCUGCUGCUAUUCUCUCUGGCUGUGGGACUAUGUGCUUAUUUUUUCUACAGCACAGAAACUAUAACUCCAGAGAUGGUACGUGGCAAGAGAGUACUGGUGACUGGGUCUAGCACUGGGAUUGGAGAGCAGAUUGCAUAUAAAUUCUCUGAAAUGGGAGCUCACGUAAUGCUCACAGCCAGAAGAGCCCAGCGGCUACAAGAGGUGGUAAAGAAGUGUCUGCAGUUAGGGGCAGGGUCUGCCAAUUAUGUGGUUGCUGAUAUGGGUAACCUGACUUCAGCUGAGAAUGCGGCCCAAGAAACUAUCAAACAGCUGGGUGGCGUGGAUUAUCUGGUAUUAAAUCAUAUAGGAGGAUCAGGGUCAUUUGGAUCUUUUCAAGGUGACAUGCAGACUGUGCUGAGUUCCAUCACUGUCAACUUCCUCAGUUACAUCCAGCUGACAUCCACGGUCCUAAAAGCACUGCAGGAAUCCCAAGGCAGCAUUGUCAUCAUGUCUUCACUGAGUGGACGCAUCGGAGCACCAUUUACAGUCAACUACUGUGCAGCCAAGUUUGCUCUGGAAGGUUUUUACAGCUCCCUGCGCAGAGAGUUCACACUCAACAAUAAAAAUAUGUCCGUCACUGUGGCUGUCCUGGGAUACAUUGAUACAGACAAUGCUUUGAAGAAAGUUGGUGACAAAGUGACCAUGGCAGCUUCAUCCAAAGAGGACUGUGCCAAAGAGGUGGUGACAGCAGCUGUCUUGCGGAAGCCAGAGCUCUUUUACCCUUUUUGGGGUAUUAAGCCUCUGGUGUUAUUACGAGAUUGGGCUCCAACUUUGAUAGGAAAAAUACUUGAUAAGUUUUAUGUGCUGGAAAAUAUUAAAUAAUUCACCUGGUGCAAUAAAAUGGAUG